CACCCCUGAUCUGGUAACAAAGGGGGAGGUUGAGGUAGGUCACCUUACAUUUCGCUACCCUUAAUUUCUUUUUUCCUUCCCUGCAUGCAGUGUCUAGAAAUACCUUACUUCUAGACACUGUGUGUGAGAUUCUAUUAUUUCAAGUAUCACAAAGUAUGCUUUCUCAUUCUAAAAAUAGAAUGAAGGGACGAGCUAGGACACACAAUUUUUAGCACGCCCUAUAAAAGCUCUGCACCUUUCGUCAUCAAUCAUUCGUGCCGAAGUUGCUCGGCCUGUGUGCACACUUUGGUUCGCAAAAGCACUGAUUUCUGUUGUUUUCUGGUUCACAAUUAAAAAAAAUAAAAGAUGAGAUGAGGUUCAGUGAUUGGACCGCAGUUGUUUAGUGCAUGAGACAUUAGAUCGAGUAGAAGUGAGUAGGUGAAAUGUAAAAUAUGUAAAUUUAACACUUUUCCCAGACAAAAUUCAGAAUGACCUUAACUAGCAAGACUGCAAAAACUGUGACUUUAGCAAUGAAAAGAGGGCAAAUGUGAUGGGAUGUUUUAGUGGUAAGAAAAGUGACUUGAAACAUUUUAGUAGUGUUAGCACAUGCUGAUGUGGAAUUUAUUAAUGAAAACUUCCUGAUAUGGGAGCCAGCAGGCAGGUGUGGACACUCCUGUUUUCCUCCACCCCUCACCUGACCACUCCUUUAUAAACUUCGGAAGCAGAGUGCAGACGAGAGAGUGAGACGACUGGUCAUGCAUUGCGAACAACCUGCGAGAUCAACACAGUUUGCGAUAACCUGCACAUGGUGUAGCCCAAAAGGCAGGAGAAUAUAUGUUCCACCUUCCUGGAUAAACACACGGACCGUGCUUUAUGUCUGUCAGUGAGAAGCAGAUCCUGCAGCGGCUGGCUGUUCUGGUGGUGUGCCAUGGCUUAGCAGCGGGCCAGAUCAACUCGCAUUACUUCCCGGUCCAAAGACCUAUGUCCUGGAUAGCAGGCCGGGAGUUCUGUCAGAAUCACUAUGUGGACUUCGCCGUCCUGAGCUCAGAGGAGCAAUAUUUCACUCUCCUCAAGGCCAUGCCGACAAACAAAGUGAACUUUUGGCUUGGCCUGAAAUACCAGAACACCUCGGACGACUGGAAGUGGGUGGACGGGGCAGAGCUUGGCUACCAGCGCUGGAACAGGAAAAACCAAGAGGGCUGCUGUGCAACUUUGAAAACCAAGAUGGAGAAAGACGAGAAGCUGCUGGCUCGCCCUUGUACGGAGUUACACAUGAUUGUCUGCCAGGGUCCUGUGUCCCCACUGUCAGUGUCAGUGGACUCUGUGGGAACUGACCACGUGAAUCUCAGCUGGAACGUCUCCGCCUUUAUGCAGAUGACGCAACACGGUUACAACGUGACUGUCAACGGCCGCGCACAUGAGAUGCUCCGGUACAGUGGCUCUGCCUUCAUGAACAUCAGCAUCAGCAACCUCACUUCAGCCACGGAGCACAACAUCGAGGUUUCUGCUUUUGUCGUUAGGCCUGACAACGUUACCGGUGAAAAGAGGAUCCUUCAGAGUGACCCUACAACUUUACAAGUCACAACAGAAGGAGUCUUGGCUGCCCCUUAUGAGCCAAACAGCAUCAUCACCAUCUUUCUGAAGACGCUCAAGCUUGUGUCUCUGGUCCCUCCGCUGUUGGUCCUUUAUCACAUCAUGAAAAAAGCAAUGUCACCGUACUUGUAUCCAGAUGAUUCCAAGGACUCAGAUCUCAAAGUGUCGUCGCUGAAGCUCAUAGUCGAGGAGACGGUUGUCGAAGUGAUCCCAACCAGAACCAGAGGAUUCGGUUAAAAACAGAGGAAGAAAGAUGCAAAGACUGAAUUCAUAGAAGUGGACACAACUGGUCAGAUUAACGGAAACUAGGGUUUGAGAAUGACAGUAAUGACGUUAUUCAUGUAUUCAUUCAUAUAUAUAUAUAUAUAUAUGUGCUUGCUUCAUCUGGUGUUGAUGUCUCCUAAACUGACCUGAGUUUUUUCACUACUCCCAGAAAAUGGUCACAAGCUGAGGCUUGGCCAUUUUUAGUCAUAAGCCAUAAUGUUAUAAGCCAUAACGUGUGCUGCCACUGCACUCUAUAGAAACCACUGGGCUGUAACGUGCAACCUAUGUGUCAGGAUUUUCUGGGCAGAGAGUGUUUUUUUUUUUUUUUCAUUGGGGCAGUUACAGUUAAAAGCAAUUUGAGCAACAACAGAGCUAGAAAUAAGCUAGAAAGCUUUGCUUCUUAUUGUCGGUGCAUAUUAAAACAAAUGUCAGUAGCAAUGUCUGUAUUGCGCAAAACAGAAAUGAACUGGUGAGCUUUCCGUCAGUCAGUUUGACAUUUAUAAAAAAUAGUAAUAGUAAUACUUUACUGUAGAGCAAAAGUUUACUAUAAUAGAGAAACAGAUGCUUGUUUCCAUCUGUCUCCACACAUCUGUAGUAUUUGAAAGCAUUGACGACAACAGGAAAGUAUUUUUGUCAUUUUCUGUGUCAUUUUUUUUCUUUUUUUUUUCUUUUUUUUUUUACUAAAAGUGCCAGACCUGCUUUAGGUUUAUUUCAGAAAUAAUGUGUCAGUUGCAACUCAUCGCAGUCUGAGCAAAUGCGUUAGUAUGUAGCAACAGAAUGAAGCACCACACAGAUGACUGGGGUGUGGACUUGUGACCUACAUCGUGAGGCCUUGUUCAGUAUCACACUGUAAUGUGUGGUAAAUGUACCUGGACGUGUUAAUUAAGUGUUAAUUAAGUUAGAUUUAUUGUUAAACUGUAGGUGGCAGAGUUUGCAACGUCCGUUGACUGCAGCUGCGAAUUAAUCAUCAGUAGGAAGGACGUGCAUAAUAAUAGCUACCGUAUCGUUUUUAUUUUUAUUUAUUUAUUUAUUUAUUUAGUUAUUUAUUUAUUUGUUUCCUUGACACUUAACACAGGGAGUCACCAAUCAGUCUAUGUCCAAGGUUGAUUAAUGUGAAUUGGGUGAGAUUUACAGCUAAGAACUGUAUCUAAUGUCUCCAGAUGUUAAAAUGCAUCACAGCUUUAUUUGAUAAAGCUGAAACAUGUAAAAGAGUACUGGUCAAAUCGUGAAGACACAUGAUAUAAAAGUAUAUUUUUUUUAUUUUGCAUGUUGAUUUUAUUUUUUUUAAAAUUACAUUUAAAAAAUAUUUAUUAUUUUUUCUUUGUUUUUGUUGGAUACAGUAUUUUUUUUAUUAUUAUUAUUUUGUCCCCGGGUCUUUUGGUGCAUGCGUGACUACUGUCCAUGCGGGUUCUGCAGUGCUGCUGCACAUUCUCAAGUGUCUUAAGUCUUAAGUGUCACAUGAUCAGGCCUUGUGUGCUGUUUUUUGGAGCUGGAGCAAAUUUUAACCUUUCAAGGAGAUAUUUCUCAGCUAGUCUAAAAACUAGCGUAAAACAUGCCAAGCGAUUACUUAGGGGACUAAUGUGAAAAAAAAAAGUGAAUUUCAAGUUCUCAACCCCUUUAGUUUUGAAGCUCUGUGAUGCAUUUAGAAUAUUACAAUCUACACUACUUUCUCUGUUAGACAACACUGAAGUAAAAAUAGAAAUGUGCUUUAAGGAACUUUUUGCAUUCUUUGGCGGCUGUUUAUGUAACCAAUUGUCAUAAAUAAAAACUGAAUGAAAAA